AUGCACGUCCUUCUGGCCCUCCUCUAUGUCUUUCUUGUGGCAGCGCCUGCUUGUGCAAGUCUUCCCACAAAGGGGGACUCCAUCAGAAACACCAUACACAACAUUAUAAACAUUGCUCAGAUAACCCUGGUCCACAUUAAGAAACUAAGGACAAAGUUGCCGGUAGCUCCACAGAUAGAAGUGACCAAUCCUUCGAUUGCGGGACUAACGAGCAUCAGCCAUGGCCUUGGAAUCUUGGAUAACCAGCUGCAGAGCCCUUUCACGGAGCUCUUUGGCCAGAUCCAGGCUGAUGUCUCCAGCUUGGAGGGAAGGGUGCGCUCCCUCGCCCUGACGAUGGACUGCCCCGUCCAGGCCAGGCCCAGUGGAGAGACCAGUGACGAUUUGUACCCGGACAGUCACCUUUACCUGACUCUGACGAAGGUGCAGCGCUACCUGGAGAAGUUGCUUCUCAACAGGGACAAACUAAAGGUCUGCUGA